GCGACCCCUCACAUCACUCCACAACAAUCCGAAGCAAGCAUUCGUCCCAGUGUCAUCAGCCAACAAGAGUCGUCGUCUCGUCCAUCGACAGAUAGCUAGCAGAAAGCGGCCAUGGCGCAGGAGAGCCUGAGGCUGGUGUGCCCGCCGGUGACGCACCACGACGGGCGGCUGCCGCGGCAGUACACGCUGGAGGGGCAGGGCGCCAAGAAGGACAUCUCGCCGCCGCUGGAGUGGUACGGCGUGCCCGACGGCACGCGCUCGCUGGCGCUGAUGGUGCAGGACGUCGACGCGCCGGACCCAGAGCGCCCCGUCGUGCCGUGGACGCACUGGGUCGUCGCCAACAUAUCACCCGAGAUCAAGGGCCUCCCCGAGGGCUUCUCCGGCGCCGGGGGCAACGCCAACGCCGACAGCGGCGUCCAGGAGGGCAUCAACGACUGGAAGCAGCCGGGGUGGCGCGGGCCCGUGCCGGACUCCCUCGGCCACCGCAUCCAGUUCAGGCUCUACGCCCUCGACGAUGUGCUCAGCCUCGGGAACAAGGUGACUGUGGAUAAGGUCAUGGAGGCCAUCGACGGGCAUGUGCUGGGCGAGGCAGAGCUCACGGCCGUGUUCAUGGGUUGACUACUCUGGAUUUUGACAACCGCGUUUGUGUGUGCCUGACAUGUUCAUUUCCUCAUGCAUAUCUUGCAAAUGGUGUGUCAUGUUCCGUAGUGUGUCUUGUAUACGCACCAAAACGGCCGCACUUGUAAUUUGUAUCCAAUAAAGGAAGUGACUGUUUAUCA